GCCGACCCGAGAAAUCCGCGCGGGCCUCCGGGAGUGGUGUGCAGCUUGGUUCUCUGGUGCCGGGCCUCGCCUCCGGCUGCUCGCGGCCAUGGCCCUCUCCCGGAUGAUGCGCGUUCCGUCCUCGCUCGCCCGCGCGGGCGCGCCCGCGCCGCGCUCGGUGGCGCGCCGGGGCUUCUUAGGCGCAUCUGCGCCCCGCCUGCAGGCGAAGGGUGACGUGAUCGGGAUCGACCUGGGCACCACGAACUCUUGCGUGGCCAUCAUGGAGGGCAGCACCCCCAAAGUCAUCGAGAAUAGCGAGGGCAUGCGCACCACGCCGUCGAUGGUGGGCUUCUCCUCCGACGGCCAGCGGCUGGUCGGCAUCCCGGCGAAGCGCCAGGCGGUCACCAACCCAGAGAACACGGUGUUCGCCGCCAAGCGAUUGAUCGGCCGAGCUUUUGACGACGAGGCUGCGAAACAGAACAUUGCACCGUCGCGGCAGAAGACCGCGGCGGCGCAACUCAGGGAUAGGGAAGCAGUUAGCACAUGCGGGAGACGGCAGACCGUACAUGCGGGAGACGGCAGAGCGCAUGGGAAGACCACACGGGAGAUCACACGGGAGACCGCACAGCAGACCACACGGGAGAUCUUACGGGAGACCAUUUUGGAGACCGUGCGGGAGACCACGGGCCACGGACCAUGGAUUCCGCAUCCGGACUGGUUCACACGUGCGGUGAAGCGCUAUCUGAAACCAUUCCAUCACAAGAAGGCAAGGAAGCGCAAACAUUCGAAAGUCCGUGCGGAGAUCUCGGAUUGGCAUCGGGCCGCUUCUGGCGGCGCCUCCGGUGCCGUGCCUGGCUCGCUCUGCGCUGCAGGGAAGUGUGUCCGGGGCCGGUCUGUGAAGUCCGUGCGGUAGUGUGUCAGUGUAUGUUUCUGGUUUCUUUCUUUCGCUGGGAGGCUACGAAGAAGGACAUGAAGCACCUCCCGUACAAGGUGGUCAAGGCGCCUUCCACUAACGACGCUUGGAUCGAGGCGCAGGGUGAGAAGUACUCUCCCAGCCAGAUCGGUGCAUUUGUGCUCGGAAAGAUGAAGGAGACUGCUGAGGGCUAUCUGGGGCGCAACGUGGCACAAGCAGUGGUCACUGUACCUGCGUAUUUCAACGACGCCCAGAGGCAAGCCACGAAGGACGCUGGCAAGAUCUCUGGCCUGGACGUGCUCAGAAUCAUCAACGAGCCCACAGCCGCAGCGCUGGCUUUUGGCAUGGAGAAGAAGGACGGGCAGAUCUUGGCCGUCUACGAUCUGGGCGGUGGAACUUUCGACAUCUCUGUCCUGGAGAUAUCUGGCGGCGUCUUCGAGGUGAAGGCCACCAAUGGGGACACAUCCCUGGGGGGCGAGGACUUCGACAAUGCCAUCCUGCAGUACCUUGUCGGUGAGUUCAAGAAGUCCCAGGGUAUCGACCUGUCGAGUGAUAAACUAGCCCUGCAGCGCCUGCGCGAGGCGGCCGAGACCGCCAAGAUAGAACUCUCCAGCAAGGUCCAGACUGACAUUAACCUGCCGUUCAUCACUGCUGACCAGACGGGUCCGAAACAUUUGAAUUCAAAAGAUGACAAGGUCAAAGUUGGAGAGCAUCGUUGAUAAUUUUUUGAUGAGGACGAAGGGCCCUUGCGAGGCAGCAAACAAGGACGCAGGCGUGAAGCCUAGCGAGAUCGACGAGGUGCUGCUUGUCGGUGGGAUGACGCGCAUGCCGAAGGUCACUGAAAUCGUGAGAUCCGUUUACAAUAAGGAUCCCUGCAAGGGUGUAAACCCAGACGAGGCUGUCGCGAUGGGAGCUGCCAUCCAGGCCGGUGUGUUGAGGGGAGACGUGAAGGAUAUUCUCUUGCUUGACGUGACGCCGCUUUCCCUCGGCAUUGAGACACUCGGAGGUGUCUUUACGCGACUGAUUUCGCGCAACACCACUAUCCCGACCAAGAAGUCCCAGGUAUUCUCAACUGCGGCCGAUAACCAGACGCAGGUGGGCAUCAAAGUUUUCCAGGGCGAGCGCGAGAUGGCGGCGGACAACAAGAUCCUGGGUCAGUUCGACCUUGUCGGCAUUCCGCCAGCACCCCGUGGCGUGCCGCAGAUCGAGGUCACAUUCGACAUCGACGCGAAUGGCAUCGUCAACGUGAGUGCCGUGGACAAGUCCACCGGCAAGAAGCAGUCCGUCACGCUGCGGUCCAGCGGCGGAUUGUCCGAUGCCGAGGUGGAUCGCAUGGUGCAGGAGGCAGAGUCCAUGCGCGAAGCAGACAGCAGAAAGAAGGAUACCGUCGCAGCCAAGAACGACGCGGAGACACUGGCGUAUCAAGUUGAGAAGCAGCUCUCCGAGUUGAAGGACAAGAUGAGCUCCACGGAUGCCGAGGAGCUGAAGAAGAAGAUGGAGGACUUGCGGGCGUACCUCGCCGAGGACCCGGAUCUGGACGAGCUCAAGGCCAAGACCAAGGACCUCCAGGAGAAGUCUUGGAAGGUCACCCAGGAUGCGUACCAGCAGGCCUCCAGUCAGUCCUCCGAGGGCGAGGGCGAGAAGAAGGAGGAGGAGAAGGAGAAGAAGUGAGCUCCCGCAGAGGCAGCGAGCCGCCUUCUUUUGGACCCUGGGAACCCCGCGCACACUCGCGCUUGCGGGCGCCAGCUUGCGGGACGCCCACGUCCCCAGUUGCCCGCCCCCACGCGCUUUUUGCGCGCCUGCAGGAAGGCAUGUGUCCGAGCGCACGUGCGUCGAGGAAGAAAGAUCGGCGAACGCAGAGACUCUCGGAGGGCCGCGCGGGUUUCUAAGAUCGUCGCCGUCCCCGGCGGCGUUGCCAGCGCCGCCCGUCCAGCGCUUACCCAAGAAAUCCGCGCGGGCCCUCGAGAAGUUGUGUUCAUGCCGUUUGUUCUUUUUCUGACAUCCGACCCGAGACUGGACGCGCGGUUCUCGGAUCACCAGGCCAGGCCUUGCGGGGGGCAGAUCUUGAGAGGCCUUCGUGAGCGUUUUCGGUGGCACUGUGUCGGUGAGCGCAAGCGCCACGCGGCACCUCUGCUGCACUGCUUCGUGGCCCGCACUGUCCUCCGAGCCCCCCCCCUCUCCUUCCCAUCAAACUGGGGAGCGCGCUGGGCCUCCCCGCCCGUUGGUACGAUCGAGGUGGGCAUGUUUGCGAGCAGCGCUAACCCCUGCCCCUUGCUCUUUCCUGCUCUGCUCUCCCAGGGCGGGGUCCGCCCUGCCCUCCCGUCGCCUCUCUCCAGCCUCUGGCCGGGGCCGGCCUGCAGAAGAUAUUUUCGGCCUCUGCCAGAAAGCACCGCCAUGAUCAGAUUCGGCCUUCCUCUUUUCCCUCCAAGGAGGCACCGCACCGCGGGCGGUACCUAUCAAGGCGCUGCCGUAAGAGACGGUCAGACAUCUUGCGAAGGCACAAAAAAAG